AUGCUUUAUGAUAUGACCUGGCGUAUACCGAGAGAGCAAAUUCGACUCUUGGAAGCUCGUGCUAGGACGAGCAGAAGUGGAGGUUCGAAAUCUUUUACAAGUGAUUCUUUUACUGGAAGCGUUGAAACUGAAGUGGCAAAUAGCCGUCUUAGUGCAAAACAGGCAAAUGCUAAUGGAGUGCGCUGUGCCUAUAAAAGAUUUAGACAAACAAGGAAUAUUAGUUUUAGUAAGGAGGAAUUGUCACGUCUUAAAGAGGUAGAGAUUGGAUAG